AUGAAAAAAUCGACCAAUAGGAACCCUGCAUUCAGACACGUCAUCACAGCUUUGUACUUCUCAUUACAUCACAAACCUUUGAUCUCUUCGGAUUCUUCACGAUUGGAGCUUAUAAAUAGGCGUUUAUGCGAACUGGGUCGUGGUGGGAUCGGAGUGGUUUACAAGACGAGUCUCCAGGAAGGGCGUCCUGUGGCAGUCAAGAAACUGACCGACUCGGGUCUGAUCAAGUCGCAGGAGGAGUUCGAGAGAGAGAUGAGAAAACUCGGCAAACUGAUGCAUAAGAAUAUCAUUAAGAUCAAAGGGUACUACUGGACGCAAUCUCUGCAGCUCCUGAGCUAUGAGUUUGUCUCAGGGGAAGCUUAUACAGACAUCUCCAUGGGGACGAGUGCGUGUGUCUUGAGCGGAAAGGUAAAGAGCACGUUGGGGUACACAGCCCUGAAGUUUGCAUGCCGGACGGUCAAGAUAACAGAGAAGUGCGAUGUGUACGGGUUUGGGAUCUUGGUGCUGGAGGUGGUAACGGGGAAGAGGCCGGUGGAGUAUGCGGAGGACGACGUGAUGGUGCUGAGUGAGACGGUGAGAGAGGGGUUAGAGGAAGGGAGAGUGGAGGAAUUCGUUGACGGUAGGCUGAGAGCGAACUUUCCGGCGGAGGAGGCAAUACCAGUGCUAAAACUAGGGUUGGUAUGUGGGUCCUAA